AUGGAAGCCUCAGCCAGGUACCCGUCUGUGUUUGUGGUGGAGGGGCCACCAAGGGAUGUCCCCUUUGUACCACCUGUGCCGAGGAGCCAGAAGACACGGCAGUACGGCCAACUGUUCCUGGGGAUGCUGGUACUGCUAGCCCUGGCUGGCUUAGCCAUCCAAGCUUAUUUCCUGAUCCGCUUUCGCAAGGAACUGGACCAAGCGACGGCACAGAGAGGAGCAGAAGCGUCCCAUGACCGGCUUAUCCAAGAUCACAAGCCUCAUUCUGAAAAGCCUGGAGCUCACCUGACAGGUGCUUCCUUUACUGCGACUGGAAACGACACUCUGCAGUGGGAGUACAGACACGGCGUGUCCUUCCUCCAGGAGAUGGACUACAAGGAGGGCUCCCUUAUCUGCAGGAAGCCUGGACACUACUACAUCUAUUCCAAGGUAACCUUGGAGCACGCAAGCUGCUCAGCCGUGCAGCAGAAGAGCACGUUUGUCACCCACCGCGUUUACAAGAGGACUCCUCGGUAUCCAAAGGAGAUUCCGCUUCUGACCAGCAUGAUUCCCUACUGCAGCACUGACGUCUGGCGGAAGAACAGCUUCCUGGCUGGGACGGUGCAGCUGGAGGAGAAGGAGGAAGUCUAUGUCAAGGUCUCAGAGAUACAGCUGGUGAGAGUCAAGGACGGGACGUGGACAUACUUCGGCACCUUCAUGAUUUGAAGGAGGCUCGGACUACGAGCAGACAGCAGUUUCCCAGGGAGCCACGGGAAUGGCGGUGGGCCUUCACUGUAAUUCUACUUUGGCAACUUGAUAAUUAUAAGGAAGGAGAGGAGGACAUUUGCUGACAGAGGGGAGAGAGGCCUGUUUACUCCUACUAAGAGGUAGGACAGGGAAUGCACUUGCUGUCCAUAGUGAAAAAUAAUAUAAAAUGAUAGGACGUGGCUUUGGGGGAAUGAGUAUUCUUGCACUUUUUCUUUUCUCUUUUUCCAAAGAGCUGUGCGAGUGCUUACAUGGAUAAGCUCUCAAACUUUCACAAACCACAACAUUCCCCCCCAAAGCAAAUCAUUUGUUACUUAUUAUGUCCACUGACAACAAUCGCUCCCAAACGUGUAUAUCCAUAUGUGUUGUAGCUGUGUUGGCCGCUGUUCUAGGGGCCACCUCUGGCUUUUCCAACCUGAAAAGCCGGCCAAACCAGUUGGGUGGGAUCUUGAAACAAAGGAAUGAGUAUAGGACCGCCUGUAAGACUGCCAUCCUAAGCAGAGUUACACCCUUUUAAGCUUAUUGACUUCAAUGGUGUAAGUCUACUGAAGAUGGCAUCAGGGCUUUUUUUCAGCUGGAACGCGGCGGAACGGAGUUCCGG